CGUAACGCCAACUUCCUGUUUCAACAAAACACCGAUGUCUUGGAACUGUGUGGACUGGGUCUCUGCAUUGGUUUUGAUAUUAUUGUAAAAAUAGACACGUUUACGAUCAUCUGUCGGAUAUGAAAAUGGUUAGAGAUACAAUAAUACAUUGCUGAGUUCGCGGACGCCCUUUUCUGGUGUUUAGAUCUCUCUGUUUACUCCUGUAUUUGAGAUUCUGAUGUAGCUAGCGACUGUAACUAGUUGUAAAUUAUUUCACUACCAUGUCGGCCAAAGUUAGGGCGGGGGACAGCAACGACAACGGAGAAAUCAUUAGAAACUACCAUAAACGAGCAUUUGAAUACAUAUCCGUGGCACUAAAGAUCGAUGAAGAUGACAAAGGUGUUAAGGAGGAGGCAGUACAGUGGUAUCAGAAAGGCAUUGCAGAGCUUCAAAGGGGGAUUGCUAUUGAAGUCACAGGACAAGGAGAACAUUGUGAUCGUUCGAAGAGGCUUCAAACUAAGAUGAUCAACAAUCUCACCAUGGCAAAGGACCGACUCGCUCUUCUAGAAGGUACAUUGGCGUCUAAAACGAGCCACAGCCCUCAGAGUCCACCAGGCCAUCUCCCUACCCCUCCAGUGAGGCCUACUGGUCCAAAGAACAAGCCAGGACCAGGACCAGGACACAGUAAGCCAGCAAGCACUGGCUCAAGCAGGACCAACAAUAUCAAGGUUGUCCCUCGGGCUGCAGGGAGAGGACAGAAUGGUAGACCAGCAGCAUCGAAGGAACCACAGAAGAGGGAUAUGAAGAACUUCAAGAAUGUGGACAGCAAGUUGGCCAGCUUCAUACUGAAUGAAAUCGUAGACGGUGGGUCGUCAGUGAGCUUUGAAGACAUAGCGGGUCAGGAGCUGGCUAAACAAGCUCUUCAGGAGAUAGUUAUCCUGCCUGCACUCAGACCUGAGCUGUUCACUGGUCUCAGAUCCCCGGCACGAGGUCUGCUCCUCUUCGGUCCCCCAGGCAACGGAAAGACCAUGCUGGCCAAAGCCGUAGCCAUGGAGUCCCAUGCCACCUUCUUUAACAUCAGUGCUUCCAGUCUGACCUCUAAAUGGGUGGGAGAGGGAGAGAAGCUGGUCAGAGCUCUGUUUGCUGUGGCCAGAGAACUACAGCCUGCCAUCAUCUUCAUUGAUGAGAUCGACAGCCUGCUCUGUGAGAGACGGGAAGGAGAACACGAUGCCAGUCGGCGUUUAAAGACAGAGUUUCUCAUACAGUUUGACGGGGUGCAGUCGGAAGGGGCAGAGAGGGUUCUGGUGAUGGGAGCUACAAACAGACCACAGGAGCUGGACGAAGCUGUGCUCAGGCGAUUUGCCAAAAGGGUGCAUGUGGCCUUACCAACAGAGGAGACGCGUUUCAAGUUGCUGAAGAAUCUAUUGGGAAAGCAUGGACACCCACUCAAUCAGAAGGAAUUAGCCCAUCUAGCAAAAAUGACGGGGGGCUAUUCAGGAAGUGAUCUUACAUCGUUGGCUAAGGAUGCUGCUCUUGGACCAAUCAGGGAACUGGGACCAGAGCAAGUGAAAAACAUGGCUGCUAGUGAUAUGCGUAACAUCCGCUGCAAGGACUUUGAGGAUUCUCUGAAGCGUAUUAAGCCCAGUGUCAGUCCCACAACCCUCGACCUCUAUGUACGAUGGAACACUGACUACGGAGACUCUACAGCCUUCUAGAACCAUGGAACUAACUAAUUUCCCAGCUAGCACAUAACGUUCUGAGAACCAUAUGUUUCUUAGAGCGUGGUUGUUGUUCUAUGUUUAUUUUGCCAUAAAACCUUUUCACAACUUUCUGGGAAUGGUACAGGGAGUCGCUUGGCUUUGGAACAUUCUCAGCACAUUUAAGGAACUUGACAAAACAUUUUUUUUGCGGUAUUUCAUUGCUUUAACCAGAAUGUUUCCUAAACGUUCAAACAUGGUUACGUUCUGGGAACGUUCUCCAGCUGGUUUGACGUUGGGAAUGUUCUCAAAUUGUUCAGAGAAUGCUAAGAAACAACGUUCUUCUGUGGGAAUUUCAGUACUUUAACAUAACGUUCCCUUCAGAUUGCUUCAUGGUUCUAUUUAAAGUCAAAUAAUAAUCUGAGAGCGUUAAAACGUUCCAUAAAAACCACAAGACAACUUUAACGUUCACAGAACAGUCUAACAAUCUUAUUUAAAAACAUACCGUUUUCAGCGUCAACAAAACUUUCUCUAUCCUCUAUCUUGUUAAUAAGUGUGUUCAGGUGUGUUGGCCGUAACCCACUAAUUGACCACAGCUGAUCUUAAUGAGUGCUUGUUUCCUUUUGAAAUGUGGUCUGUUUUUAAAAUAGACUAAAAAUGAACAGCUUCGUAUGAGUUUUUAAAAAAACACGGCAUUCCAGCUGCAUCCUGGUGGUGCCGUGGACUCAUUUCAUGGAUAAAGAACAGAAGGUUAUAAGUUUGAAUCUCACUGAUGCCGUGUCACAAUAAAUAAAAUAACUGUGUUAUGGAUGAUUUAAUACCUAAGCGAAUUCAUUUCCAUGUGUCCUAUCUGUGCUGGGAGUUCCAAACAAGCAGUGUUAUUAAAAGUCUCAUUUAAAUAUUCAGUGAAAGUUUUAAGGACGUUUUUCAGAAACCUCCAAAAUAACCUAUAAUUUCCAUUUUCACUGCACUAAUUAAAACCCCCCCGGGAAGUAUAGACUUUACCAUUAAAUGGUUCCUUACGAGUCCUUUCCCAACAAUGCAGUUUAAAAGUUAUACAACUAACAAAUAGAAGAAAGAAAUAACAAAAAGUUUUAUCAAGGAACCAGAGGAAAACGUUCUCAGAACCUCCCUGCAACCUAAAAAUUAAACCCAGAACAGUCAACGUUUUCACUUCUAUUCUCAGAACGUUUAAAAAAAAAUAUAUAUGUUCGGGAAGCAUAUGGCUUCGUUCCCACAACCAAUGUGAAACCUAAAUCAUAUGUUCCCUUAACUUCCAACGAACCAAAUCUGCUAGCUGGGUUAGUUCCAUCUGAGACGUGAUGGAACCAGGGUGUGUGUUCAUUAGUGCACACCACCAUAGCAAACAGUCUCUCCCAGUUUCAACGUUUUGCUUCAGUUUUGUGGGAGGGAAAUGGAGAUGCAUAGAAUAGACCACUGUAGAAUUUGAUUGAUUUAAAAAUGUAGAAAAUUGCAUAGAGAAUUACGUUCUGAUAUGCUGCUAUUGUUUUAUUGACUGCUUUGAGAGUCGCAAUUCUACUACUGUGUAUAUAGCUACUGCUUAAAGACAGGAUAAUACCCCCACCCCCACCCCUUACUCCCAUAUUGCCUCCUCAAGGUGUCUAAAGCAUUCCACAGAGAAGCUGGUCCAUGUUGACUCCAAUGCUUCCCACAGUUGUGUCAAGUUGGCUGGAUGUCCUUUGGGUGGUGGACCAUUCUUGAUACACACGGGAAACUGUUGAGUGUGAAAAACCCAGCAGCGUUGCAGUUCUUGUCACAAACCGGUGCACCUGGGGCCUACUACCAUACCCUGUUCAAAGGCAAUUAAACCUUCUGUCUUGCCCAUUCACCCUCUGAAUGGCACACACACCCAAUCCAUGUCUCAAGGCUUAAAAACCAUAUUUAAAAAAUAAUAAUAAUCUGAUUUGAAGUGGAUUUAGCAAGUGACAUCAAUAGGGGAUCACCCUGUCAUGGAAAGAGCAGUCGUUCCUAAUGUUUUGUCCAUUCAGUGUACAUGUCAGCAACCACAGCUAGUGAAACCACGGCAACUCUCUAAACAGAGUUUUAGAAUAGAUGGUCGGCAGGGUAGCCUAGUGGUUAGAGCGUUGGACUAGUAACUAGGCAAGUCAGUUAAGAACACAUUCUUAUUUUCAAUGACGGCCUAGGAACAGUGGGUUAACUGCCUGUUCAGGGGCAGAACGACAGAUUUGUACCUUGUCAGCUCGGGGGUUUGAACUUGCAACCUUUUGCAACCUUUUCAAACCCCCGAGCUGACAAGGUACAAAUCUGUCGUUCUGCCCCUGAACAAGGCAGUUAUCCCACUGUUCCUAGGCCGUCAUUGAAAAUAAGAAUGUGUUCUUAACUGACUUGCCUGGUUAAAUAAAGGGAAAAUAAAUAAAUAAACUAGUCCUGAACAUCUCUAAAACUAAGAGUAUUGUAUUUGGUACAAAUCAUUCUUCGCAAGUUCGACAUCUCUGCUGAAUCUGGCAGUGAGCAAAUUGAGGAGACUUAACUUCUUGCUAUCACCUUUUUAAACCAAGGCUCAUCAACUAGAUUCAACCGCGGGCCUAUCCCUAUCUGACCUAGUAAUCUAGUUAAGUCAUGUAGUCAUGUAGUCAUGUAUUCAUGUAUUCAUGUAGUCAUGUAAGUCUGUCUAUGUUCAUGUGUUUACAGACUAAAACACGUUACCAUUUUUAAUGUAUUUUUCGUUAUUUGUCGAACCCCAGGAAGACGGGCUGUCGCUCUUAACGGGGAUCCCAAUAAAACGUAUGUGUUAUAAAGUUGCA